GUAUCUGUCAGAUUUGCGCCUCGCUUCCGCGUUCUAACCUAAAAACCGCGCCGUCCGCAUUCACGACCACGACGACGACGCAAUGAAUGUAAUUCGGUCCCGCGGCCUUCGUCGGCGUCCUAACGUCGCGUCGUGUUCCGGAGCGUUGGGGCCAUCUCGCCGAUUGAUCAACCGCAAGUCUCUUCGCCGAGAAAUAUCCGUGCGAUUCUGCUUUAAAUACGGUUUGCUCUCGUCAAAGGUGCGAUUCUCUCUCGAAAAUAAAAGGGCUCGGUCUUGUUCGCGUCUUCUCUUAGUUUUUCCUUCCCGAGAGCGAUAUAAAAGUUGCGCAUUACGUGAUUCCGCGCUCAACGUGAGGCUGCGGCGAUAGCGCGUUUUCAUGUGAUGCUUCGCCUGUGGCAUGGAGAACGGGUUCCGUGUGUACAAUUGCGAUCCGCUGAAGGAGAAGGAGAGGCAUGAUUUCAGCGACGGGGGCCUCGGAUACGUAGAGAUGCUCUUCAGAUGUAAUUAUCUGGCGUUGGUCGGGGGUGGAGCCAAGCCAAUGUAUCCGACGAACAAAGUCAUGAUAUGGGACGAUAUAAAGAAAUUGCCAGCGAUCACGUUAGAAUUCAACGCACCCGUGAAAGGGGUGAAAUUGCGAAGGGACAGGAUAGUCGUGGUGCUGGAAGGUGUCAUAAAGGUUUACACGUUUACACAAAAUCCUCAACAGUUGCACGUAUUCGAAACUAAUCCUAAUCCGCGAGGGUUGUGCGUUCUAUGCCCAAACAGCAACAACUCGUUACUCGCCUUCCCCGGACGAAAAAACGGUCAUGUUCAAGUUAUAGAUCUGGCUAAUACAGAGAAGCAACCUUUAAAUAUAGAAGCACAUGAAACGCCUUUAUCUUGCAUAGCUUUAAAUCUGCAGGGCACCAGAUUGGCCACUGCCUCGGAGAAGGGCACUUUGAUAAGAGUAUUUGACACACAAAACGGUAACAUGAUUAACGAAUUAAGAAGAGGAGCGAAUCAUGCAAAUAUCUAUUGCAUAAACUUCAAUCACGAUUCUACAUGGCUGUGCGUUGCCAGCGAUCAUGGCACCGUACACGUAUUCGCCGUCGAGGAUCAAAAGCUGAAUCGCCAAUCUAGUUUAGCGUCCGCCACGUUCCUGCCAAAGUACUUCAGCUCGAGCUGGAGUUUCUGCAAAUUUCAAGUCCCGGGCGGCCCUCAGUGCAUGUGCGCGUUCGGUCAAGAUAAUAAUAGCAUUAUAGUGAUAUGCGCAGAUGGUAGUUAUUACAAGUUCGUAUUUAACAACAAGGGUGAGUGCACGAGGGACUUUUACGCACAGUUUCUCGAGUUGACCGAUGACAAAGCAUGAUUGGAGGAUAUAUAAAGGCAGUGAAUUCCUGACUGCGCGACGAGAGGAUAACUUUCGCGUGUUCCUUCGUUGUCCUCACUUAUUUUGGCUGAGUAAAAGAACGAGCGGGUACGGCUCGCAGAGUAUAUCGCAUUCGUGGAGAUUGCAACACAUUCGAGUUGUUUAUAGAAAAAUAACGUUCGUACCACACGUUACGAUAAAGGACCAAAGGAAGAAUUCUAUUAACUGUUGGUGAUAUCGUUCGUUGGUGCAUUAUGUGCGAGUUUUUGGAAAACGAAAACAAAAAAGAUAUCGACAAAUUAAAGAGACGAAAAAUAUCUUGACAGAGAUUGUGUCGUACACUUGUUACACGAGCCUAUUCGCUGACGCCUAUUGACAAAAGAGCAAAUUUUUAAAUAUAAAUAAAAUACUUCUCCCCAGGUGAUAAUGGGGAACAUCGCAAGUUACUUGUUGGCGUGAUACUCACGAUUUCUUACAUUUUAAAUAAGAAUAUUGCAGCAGCUAAUUAAAAGCGAACGUUGGCCAUAAAUCGUCGUUGUGGCAAAAAGUAAAUAAUCAUUUUUGGCUUUGCGAUAAAGCGCUUUGCAAUGCAAUGGUGUAUCUAUCGAUCAUGUGUUUCGUAGCUCCACAAAGAAAUCUUUUCGUUAUGAAUGCAUCAUUAUAAAAAUACAUCCCUACUCUUCGACGAUUUUAAAUAGAUUGUUGUUAUAAUCGCAUCCGCGUUUUUGGCGAUUCAUUGAACAUACUCUUGUUUUGUAAUUGAAUCAUAUCAUGUACGUCACAUCAUAUACAUAUAUAUCAUAUUGAAGUAUUGUAAUUUUUAUUUUUACGUUUUUUUUCAUACAUUUAAUAUACAUAUACACAAGAGAGAUUCUACACUUUAUAUCACACGAUUAUUGCCGCAAAUAACAAGGUUGUAAUUUCACAAACAAGUUGAGUUUAAUAACGAAAUAAAACUGAUUAUGCCACGA